AGUAUAUCUGCUCUCUUCAUGGGGCAGAGGAGUCAGCAGAACAGGAUUGAGGAGCUACCAAAUCCAUCAAGGCAGUCUCACUUCUUAAUCACCGGACGGUGCGUGCGCUCCGUUACGAACCUGCAUGGUCUCAGACUCAUCAUGUUACCAGCUGAGCUACUUCUUUGCUGCUUCCUGCUGCACGCUGCAAAGGCCAUUUCAUCUGGAAACCAGAUGGAUGUCUUACUACAUCUUCCUUCACCCUUGGAAUCCUCGCUAACUUCCUCAUACUCCUUGUCUUGCCAGACCCUUCUUCCCAAAUCCCUCCCUGGCUUCACUCAGAUGGCCCCUCUCCCCAGGUUUCUGGUAAGCUUGCCACUGAUGAUCGCCCUGGAGAAAGCUGGUUGUCAAGCUGAUGUACAGGUCCUGCAGCUUCAGCUGUACCACCAUGGGGGUGUAAAUGCUACGCAGACCCUCAUCAGACAUCUUCAAGAGCUAGAGAAAAGCAGAAGCACAGGGAGGGGAGUGUCAGUAGAUGCUCUGGCCUCUGCUCUGCAGCUGUGGGCUAGAGAGAACCCUGGCCCACAGAGAGCCCGACGAUCACCCUCCAUCACAAACUGUGAGCAGGAGCAGGAGCAGAGGGUGCACAGUAUAGUCCAGAUGUUGCCGGGAGUGGGAACCUUCUACAACCUGGGCACAGCAAUGUAUUAUGCUGUUCAGAACUGCUCGGACAUGGCCAAGGAACGAGGCCGAGAUGGGGUCAUAGAUCUGGGUUAUGAUCUUCUGAUGGCCAUGGCUGGAGCGUCAGGGGGACCCACAGGACUAAUGAUCGGUAUUGCACUUAAACCUGCACUGAAGGCUGGGGUUCAGCGGUUGAUCCAGUAUUACUAUGAGAGAGAGGCAAACACCCCUCCACCAGAGACCAGCAAGGAGGUCUUGCAGAGCACCUCAGAUAUGAGCGAAGUGAAAGAAACAACUAUCAUGGCCCCUUUCGUGUCAGAAGUAGUAAGUUCAAAUCCAUGCUGGGGUGGACCUUAUUCAACAACUGUGGCUUAGAUCCUAGGUAUUGGAAUAUUGGGAUGUAAAAGAAGGUGGUAGGAUGCAACCGUUAGAACUCCACCCUUUCACUGACAGAGGGCCUAGGUUCAACCCCUGGUCAGGGAACUAAGAUCAUGCAAGCCGUGCAGCACAGCCAAAAUAAAAAAAGAUGGUGACCUCUGAGUAAAGAGAAUUCAAUCCAGUCCACUUAAUCCAGCAGAACUCUACUCUGAUUCCUUCCCUUCUAUAAACUACCAUUCAUAACCAGAUCAGGAUUAAGUGUUCUGAGAUUACAAACAGGCAAAGAAAGAGGGGAAUGAGAAGAGCUAACCUUUUUCUGCUCACCUUUUGGCGGUGUGGCCAAAAAUAAAUAAGUAAAUAAUAAAAGAAGGUGGUAAACACGAUGACUAGAUCUCGUAUUCUGAUAAAUUGUAAUGUGUGUGUUCAAAAUCCAAAUCUCUGAUUUCUUAUCAAGGAGAAAAGCAGUACUGUAACGUGUAAGAGUUUUAAAAUUUGUGGUUUGGAAUCAGAGGAUUUGGCUUUGAAUUCAGGCUCCACUUGUUAGAGCUUCAGUGAUCACUGACUAGCAACUUGUUUCUGCAAACUCAGUUUUUUUAAAUUUUUAAAGUGAGGGUAAUGAUUUGCAUCUCAAUAGGUUUCGUGGAAAUUAAAAACGAUACGCUGUACUAAUGCUUAGCACCGCACCAACAAUAAAGAAGCUUUUGUCACUGUUA